AUGUCCAAGAACUUUAUCGACUUUGAAGAAUACCCGCAGACGGCAGAAAUCCACCACCGCUGCGCUAACAUGAUUGCUAACCUCUUCCACGCGCCCAAGGACAUUGGUAUCGGAUCAAGUUCCGUAGGUUCUAGCGAGGCUAUCAUGCUGGCUGUGUUGGCGAUGAAGCGUCGCUGGAAGCAGCAGCGUCAGCAGCAAGGUAAGCCCGCUGAUAACCCCAACAUCGUCAUGUCCUCUGCCGUGCAGGUGUGCUGGGAAAAGGCGGCGCGUUACUUUGAGAUUGAGGAGAAGUACGUGAAUUGUACGAGGACCAGGUUCGUGAUUGACCCUAAGGAGGCGGUCGAGCUUUGUGACGAGAAUACCAUUGGUAUUGUGGCAAUCCUGGGGACUACUUAUACCGGUGCCUAUGAGGACGUCAAGGCCAUCAGCGACCUGCUGGUGGAGAAGAAGUCUGAUGUGCCGAUUCACGUUGAUGCCGCGAGCGGCGGGUUUGUGGCGCCGUUUGUUGUUCCGGAUCUCGAAUGGGAUUUCAGAGUUGAACGUGUUGUUUCUAUUAAUGUUUCUGGACACAAGUAUGGUCUCGUAUACCCCGGCGUGGGCUGGGUGGUCUGGCGCUCGUCCGAAUACCUCCCCAAAGACCUGAUUUUCAACAUCAACUACCUCGGCGCCGAGCAAACUUCCUUCACGCUCAACUUCUCCAAGGGCGCGUCCCAAGUCAUUGGGCAAUACUAUCAACUCAUCCGACUCGGUAAAGCCGGCUACCGUCACAUCAUGUGUAACCUCACCAAGACGGCGGACUACCUCACCGACGAGCUCCGCAAGCUUGGAUUCGUCAUCAUGUCUGAAGGACACGGCAAGAGCCUGCCGCUCGUGGCCUUCCGCUUCGCCGGCAAAGAGGAGGGGGAGACGGAGGAAAAGGAGUUUGAUGAGUUCGCCUUGGCGCACUACCUGCGCUCCAGGGGCUGGGUCAUCCCGGCGUACACAAUGGCCCCCGAGACGGGGCAAAUGAAGAUGAUGAGAAUCGUUGUGAGGGAGGAUUUCUCAAGGAGCAGGUGCGAGUUGCUGAUCAAGGAUAUCAAGCUGUGCAGUCAGCUUCUGGAGAAGGACAGCGAGCAGCUCAUCAUGAGGCUGAAGCAGCACAUAGGACAGCACACUAGUGGCUCGGGGAAGAUCAGGGAUCCAAUGGGUGCGGCCAAGGCCGUUUUCAAGAAUGAAAGUCACUCGCUCCAGGGCAAGACUGGCAAGAGUCACGCGGUGUGCUGA